AUUUUCCUUCCCGCUUAAUGCUUUAUGUCUGUCCAUUAUACAUUUCCUUAUUAAGAAUUUAAAUCUAUUCCUUAAACAAUAAUGCGUUAUUUUAUGUGUAAUGGAUUCAGUUUUGUAUUAUAACGACAAAAAUAAGAAAAAGGCACUACGAUUAUAAAAAUAACCUGAAACAGUUAAUCAGAAAAACUUAUUCAAAACCGUUCUGUAUGGACCGCGCAUGGUACAGUUUUAAGUUUUAAUUUGAUCUAAAAUUAAAUCACAAAAAUAUUUUUACACUGCAUUUCCUGUAUAAUUAAAUUUUAAUUAUUCGGCUGUACAGUUUGAUGGCAGACUGAGCUAAACUUCACUUAAACGGGAAACAAAUGACACUGUGUACAAUGUGGAUGAUUGUAAUAACAUUUUGCUGUGGGCGACAUAAUCGGCUUGGGUGAUGUCAAACAAAGCCGGAGGGGUCGGGGAGUGGGGAGGUGCAUUACUCCGGCGCGCCUGCGCUUUGAGUGCAGACCAGUUUAUCUAAGUAUUUAUUUGGUAAAGUGGGUCACAUGGCGACAAAAGCCGGUUUACCUGGUAGCUGGGUGGUGUGUAGUGUUGUGUAGCGGACCAUGUACACCUCAAGUCAACCCUGGCUACAGGUAAGAGAGUUCGUAUGUCUCAGUAGAGCUUAAUACGAGGAACAGAGCAGCGGGGUGGUGGCGAGCCGGUCUGCAGUCUGUAGGCUAAACCCUUCCAUACUAUUGCAGAAUCAUCACACUAGUGACGGUCUGGAUUUUGAACUACGAGUUAUAGUCAAACUACAGCAACUAUACUACACCGUCACUUGUCACCGAUGCAACGUAUGCAGGCAUGCCGUGACCGAAUUUCUUCACAUGACUUACCCAUGCUCAGUAGUACACUGGUUCGUAGGCCCUACUGACCUGUUGAACGGACGUGUGGGAAGGCCAAUAGGAGGUAGGACUUGAGCUUACAGAUCCGACCGUGAAUCUUUGUAGUAAGUUACUAACUGUUCUGGUGGAAAUGUUUUGAGGUGAACGAUGACAGUGGAUUACAUUUGACAAUCUUGCACACAGGCGCACUAGGCUGAUCGUGUUGGUUUGUCUACUUGACAACUUUGAAAGCAAGCAACGAACGAGUCAUGUCUACCCUGUGGCAGAAGUUUCGAAACUCGUCUGGGGCUUUGCCAAACCUCAGUUUUGUUACCAACAUUUUCAACAGAAAUAACUACCGGGACUUAGAGGGUGACAAUGUUGAAGAAAAUAAAAGUGAAAACCAAGACGAAGACGGCGUAAGCUCGGAUGGAUUUGAUGAGGUGGAUGCCGGCAUUGUAGCACGGAGAAAAUACAUCGACCUUCUAAGAGAAUCGGAAAAUGAUGAGCCUGUAAUAGACUGGCAAGGGAAAGGUGAUGAUUUGUGGCGAGAAAACAACCGCAAUGAACUUAUUGAGACUAAAGCCAAAGAUGAUCAACCUACAGAGAGUAAACCUGGUCAAGUACAACUGGAAUUAAAUGAGAGUCAAACUCAACCAACCCAAAAUGAACUGAACAAAAUCCACAAUGACCGAGUUGAAAUCGGCCAAGAACAUUCUAAUGACACUCUGGACAACUUUCCUCGGACUGGUGACUUGGCUAACGAUCUUUCUCAUGUGAAAGACACAUCUUGCCAGCCCUCGUCAGAACCGUGUGAUGAGCCCAUUUCUUUUCGGCGGUCACGCCGUGACUCUUACGAUAAAGCAUUGGCCGAGAUGAGGGAUUCAUACGACCGAGUAUUUGGGGACAUCGUUGACGAACCACCUGUGAUUUCCACUAGCCACGACGUAUGGGUAAAGCGAAGUACUGGAGUUGAAAACGGACUCGGGUCUCAGAGUUGUGAUGUUCAGGACAGUGUGUCGCGAAAGCCUUUUCAUAGACAAAUCAGCUUGACAAUCCAACAAGAGAUACCGAGUGCAAUAAGCGUGAUCCGCCAGAGAAGCUAUUCCAAACUGGGAGAAGACCCAGAUGAAAUCGUUCAUAUCACUGACACUCUGGAGAGCACACCGUCAGAAUGGCAUAGCUCCUUUCCAGUGCAAGAGAAAAAGAAACACAGAAAGCGAUCGAAAAAGGUUUGGAAGAAGACAAAGAAGGCAGCGCGGGUCUCCUGGAAAUGGCUGAAGAGGAGUUUUAUCGCCUAUGCGUCAUCAUAUCAUCAUGGCAUCCCCAUGACUGUCGCCAUGUACGGAGGUUCCAGGCACCAAGGAAGACCCAAGUUCUACGACUAUAGAUAACACCAUUCCCUUCUCAUAUAUGGGUGUGUUUUAGACGAUAAAUACAACCACCAUACAUUACCAUAUUUGUACUUAUGUAACUAUAUACGCAUUAAAUGUUCCUGUGGUCGGACGAUUGGUCUGUCCCACAGUCAGACAUCUCCGUGUCAUAAUGGAAAUAAAGGGUAUCCCUGUACAUGACAUGUGCAGAGAACGGUAUUUAAAUGAAUACCGUAUUUUUUUUUACAAACCUGAGAAAUGAUCCACAAAUGAGAAGUUAAUACAAACGCACGAGUGUUAGACUACUAAAUGUUUAUUCACAAUGUAACCAGUAAAUUUACCUGUUUAAAACCCCAAGCUAAGGUCACAUGCGCUUAUGAUAGAUUCUCAGUGUGUAACCAUAUAUAGCAACAAGACGUUAGGUACGUAAUAUCGUCACAUAAUGUACACAUAUGAACAUACCACCAUAUUAGUGGUGAAGACUAAUUCCAGAUUAGUGAAAAGGUGGAGCAUCUUGUCAUCAUUGUUUUGCAUUGAUUUCUUUGCGUAUAAUUGUGAUUAUAAAUGUGUCCGUGCGUUUAUAGGGUGUAUGUGUAGUAAAGAAGCUUGUACGGCAUAAUAUUGUGCUUUAUAUGAACAAUCUUAUAUCAUAGAGCCUAUCUUGAACACACGUAUACAUAUGUGCCAUGAUGCCACUAUUUUAUCGCACAACAUGCCAGCAUCAGUAGUCAUUUUACGUGUGACACAUAGAUUUAGUUAUUUCAACCUUUUACAUUUGUCAUUAUCA